CUUCCUACUAACCCGGAAGGAGAUUUCCGGAAGCGAAGGUCGCGCUCUGGAUCUGAAAGCUGAAGUUUCCGGCUAAGUUUAUGAUUUCUUCAGAUUUCUUCUGUCCCGCCCCGGGUUGUUGUGGAACUUUGUCCUAACGUCUCAUCUGAUCCUAAUAAAUACGUUGCUGAAAGCACAACGCUCCCAACAAGACAUUAGUGUUCGUGGAUCUGUAAAGAAUCGACUCUCCUGCAGAUAUCUGAGGGUCUACCAUAUGAUUUCAGAUGGAAGCCAUAAUAUUUUGCUAUUCUUUGCCACCCGUUGCUGACACUGUGUACGAGUGACAACUCCGAAGAGACAUGGCAACGGAGCAACUAAGGAUGGAAUCACAAAGAUGUUCCUGUCUGAAAACAACAUCCAUAAUCUUCUAGGAAUCCGUGACCUUUGCAGAUGUAGCUGUAGACUUUACUCAAGAAGAGUGGACCCUGCUAGACAGGUCCCAGAGACAACUCUUCAGAGAUGUGAUGCUGGAGAAUAUCAGUCACCUGGUCUCAAUUGGCAAACAGCUCUACAAAUCAGACACAAUUUCCCACUUGGAACCAGGAGUGCAACUUUCAAAAGAAGGGAUAAGUUUGCUGCAAUGCCAGAGUCUAGAUAAAGAAGAUGGUCCUAAAAAACAAGAAAUGAUAUUCAUGCAGCAUAUCUGCAAGAAGGACACAGCAUUAAUCAGUGCAAUGCAGAAAUCUCACACUCAAGAGGAUCCUUUUGAAUGCAGUGAUCUGGGAGAAAAUUUUACUGAAAUACUAACAUGGACUCAAUAUGUGGUACCUAAAAUAGGAAAGAAUCCCUUUAUCAGCAAAAAAUGUGGAAAAGACAGCAGUUAUUUGACAUCUUUUAAUAUACAUAAGCAGAGUCAUACUGUAAAUAAAUCAUAUGAAUGUCAUCGUGAGAAAGGUUUUAUUCAAAGCUCUGCCCUUAGACAACCCAAUAAUACUCAAAAUGGAGAGAAAACAUUUGAAUGUCAUGAAUGUGGGAAAGCCUUUGGAAAAAGUUCUAACCUUAGACGACAUGAGAUGAUUCACACUGGAGUGAAACCACAUGGAUGUCAUCUAUGUGGGAAAGCCUUCACUCACUGUUCCGACCUUAGAAAACAUGAGAGAAUACACACUGGAGAGAAAUCAUACGGAUGUCAUCUAUGCGGGAAAGCCUUCAGUAAAAGUUAUAACCUUAGGCGCCACGAGAGGAUUCACACUAGGAAAAAGAUGCAUGAAUGUCAUCUAUGUGGGAAAGCCUACACUCAAUGUUCUGACCUUAACAAACAUGAAAGAACUCACUUUGGAGAGAAACCAUAUGAAUGCAAUCUAUGUGGGAAGACAUUCAGUAAAACUUCUUACCUUAGACAACAUGAGCGAACUCAUAAUGGAGAGAAACCAUAUGAGUGUCAUCUCUGUGGGAAGGCAUUCACUCACUGUUCUCACCUUAGAAAACAUGAGAGAACUCACACUGGAGAGAAACCAUACGAAUGUCAUCUGUGUGGGAAAGCUUUCACUGAAUCUUCUGUACUUAGACGACAUGAGAGAACCCACACUGGAGAGAAACCGUAUGAAUGUCCUCUGUGUUGGAAAGCCUUUACUGAUUCUUCUGUCCUUAAACGACAUGAAAGAACGCACACUGGAGAGAAACCUUAUGAAUGCCACCUAUGUGGGAAAGCUUUCAAUCACUCUUCUGUCCUUAGGCGACAUGAGAGAACUCACACUGGUGAGAAACCAUAUGAAUGUAAUGUAUGUGGAAAAGCCUUCAACAGAAGCUAUAACUUUAGAUUGCAUAAGAGAAUCCACACUGGAGAGAAACCAUAUAAAUGUUAUAUAUGUGGGAAAGCCUUCAGUAAAUAUUUUAACCUUAGACAACAUGAGAAAACACAUAUAAAGGUAAUAAAUGUGGAAAAUUCACCACCUAUAGCUUCAAACUAUAAACACUCUUGAGGGUUCAAAUACUCAAGAAAUGCUGUUUGUAAUCAGUAUGGGAGAGCAUUUAUUCAUCCUUAUUACUUCACUCAACUUAGAUUAAUUCAAAGUGGAGAGAAUCCAUAUGUGGUCCAUCUAUAUGAUAAAACCUCCAAAUAAUGUACAUGAAAGAAUGUAAAUGAAGUGAAUGUGGAAGAAUUUCCAUACAUAGUUCUCUUUUUAAAAAAUGAAGUCGGGAUCCCUGAGUGGCGCAGCGGUUUAGCGCCUGCCUUUGGCCCAGGGCGCGAUCCUGGAGACCCGGGAUCGAAUCCCAUGUUGGGCUCCCAGUGCAUGGAGCCUGCUUCUCCCUCUGCCUGUGUCUCUGCCUCUCUCUCUCUCUCUCUGUGACUAUCAUAAAUAAAUAAAAAAUUUAAAAAAAAAAUGAAGUCACAUGUCAGAGAAAAUCUGUGUAAUCAUUGUAGAAAUACCUUCAUUUAUCCUUUAAAUAAAUUGUGCAGGAGAGAUUCUA